GUCAAUUAAAGACGUUCCUACAUAUUAUACAACUUUUUGUUUUUAUGAUUGUUUAUCUUUUCUCUUUUUUUUUGUUUCGCAUCUAUAGGCAAUAGUAACAAAAAAAAAAUCCAGGCGGCUCUUCAAACGCCCUGUCCCCUCCCUCAUUUGUAUAGUUUGAGCAAUGUUUUCGGAAACCACGUCCUCUUUUGACUUUACACCUCAAUCCAUCACGUACAAUAGUUUCAAAUUACCCGGUGAACAAGAAAUACCUCGAUUAGUGACAGUAUCAGCUAAAGAUGGACGAACAGGACAAGAUAUGCAAUUGCAAUAUACUCAUCAAAAGGUAAUUGGAAAUGGUUCAUUUGGUGUGGUCUAUCAAGCGAAAUUGGUUUCCAAUGGUGAAGAUGUUGCUAUCAAAAAAGUCUUGCAGGACAAGCGUUUCAAGAAUCGGGAAUUACAAAUUAUGAAGUUAAUGGAUCAUCGAAAUGUAUGUGGAUUGAAAGCAUACUUUAUUUAUAAAGGUGAUCACAAGACUGAUGAUGUGUACCUGAACCUUGUGUUGGAAUAUGUUCCGGAAACAGUAUACCGUGUCACUCGUCAUUAUUCAAAAAUCAAACAGCCUAUUCCUACAUUAUUGGUCAAACUAUACAUGUAUCAACUUUUCCGUGCAUUAGCUUACACACACGCUCUUGGAAUUUGUCAUCGUGAUAUUAAACCUCAAAAUUUGCUUUUGAACCCAAUUACAGGCGUAUUGAAACUAUGUGAUUUUGGAAGUGCAAAAAUACUGACAGAAGGUGAACCAAAUGUAUCUUAUAUAUGCUCUCGCUAUUAUCGAGCACCAGAAUUAAUCUUUGGAGCAACACUUUAUUCGACAAAGAUUGAUAUAUGGUCUGUGGGAUGCGUGAUGGGUGAACUCUUAUUAGGCCAACCUCUUUUCCCUGGUGAAAGUGGUAUUGAUCAGUUGGUAGAAAUCAUCAAAGUACUUGGUACUCCCUCCAAAGAACAAAUUAUGAUGAUGAAUCCACAUUAUACAGAUCACAAAUUCCCUCUUAUAAAGCCACAUCCAUUCUCAAAGGUCUUCCGAUCUAGAACUCCUCCUGAAGCUAUUGAUUUGAUUUCACAUGUCCUACAAUACAAUCCUCAAUCUAGGCCUACAGCAAGUGAGGCUUUGGUACAUCCUUUCUUUGACGAAUUACGAAAUCCUGAUACAAAAAUGGCAAACGGAAAAGAUUUACCAGUCUUAUUUGACUUUACAAAAGAAGAAUUAUCGAUUCGACCUGAUUUUAUCCACAAGUUAGUUCCUCCUCAUUGUCAAACUGAAUUAGCUUCACGAGGAAUAGAUGUACAUCACUUUGAUCCCAUCCCUGUAGAAAAAUUAUAUGCAUCUUCUUUACAAUAAAAUAAUUAUACUGAUAUGAUGAAAUGGA